GUCACCGUAAACAAUCACCCAUUUCAUUUUUCUUAUCUAAAAUAUAAAAUAACUAAAAAUUAUGCAAUUUUAUUCAAUUUUUCGAUAGAAACAAGUUUAAUUUUGCUAAAAGUUGAAACUAGGAAUCCAUUAGCGAUGACUACAAGUGAAAUUGUUCAUUUAUUCAGUGAACUCUAACGAUGUUUUGUUGAUGCAACGUUGACCGAUUUCAGAAUUUGAACGUUAGCAGUUCUCAGUUUCGUGGAGAAAAGAAAUCCUAAUAAAAUGAACAAGUCGUCGAAUGCCGAAGAGAGUUCGAAGAAAGUCGUACAGCAUUGUGAAACGCUGAAAAGCUUAUUGGAGGUGCUACCUCUUCCGUGUCCGCCUCGAAACCAAAUAUUAGAAAUAUUGAAGACGAAUGGUCAACUAUUAUCAGCCUUUAUAGAGCAGCAAGGACAUCUGAACCGGCAAAAGGGCUUUAGUAAUCAACAGAAGUCUACGAGUUACCAAAGUGAUGUGACCGACGCAAACACAGCGUUAACCUCGGCAGUUUCUUCGUUCGCGUCUCAAUCAUCAUACGAUGUCUUAAACGAUUACUCAAGAAUUCUUAAUGCAAUUAGCAAAACCGAUCCACAAAGCGGUGCUGCUCAAGCACAAACUGGGUCUUCGACACAGCUUCAGUCAUUAUCCACGGACGCAGCUCGACUGCCUACACCUCCAUGUGUGAAAUCUGCACCAUGGCAGGCAUCUCUACCAACAGACGAGGCCGACGUUGUUCCUCCGGCUCCGAUAAUCAGUGAUGUGGAAAGGCAACGUGUCGCAGCUCCUGACGGCUCGAGAGGUGAAAAUAGUAUCAAGCAAAUGCAAACUGCCAAUCUCAUUCUGAGUAGUGGCACCGGUGGCGGUAAUAUGGCGGUUCAGGUUUCGUUCACGUCAGCAGUGCCUGUGCCUGUGGUGGUAUCGCCAGAUAAAAGUCAAAGUCAAAGUCACAAUCAGCAUCCUCAUCUUCCUCCGGCUCCGAUAACCAGUGAUGUGAAAAGGCAACGUCUCGAAACUCCUAGCGUCUCGAGCAGACGUGAUACGGAGGACGCAUCUGUCAAUAAAAUGGAAUUGUUUCCUCGGAAACUGAUACCAAAACUUCGGCGUACGAUAUCGAAAAAGUUGAAAAAAAUUGGCCCGAAUGAAUACGAAGAAUUAAUAAUUGAUUUCUCGGUGAAACUGUUGCUAUCGGACGGCAAUGAUGCUGACACCACAAAGAAGUUGUCAGCAUAUUUGAAUCAGGAGGCUACCGAUUUUAUUCAAUGGCUUAAUAAAACUAAAUCUAAACUAAUAGAAUUAAUUACCGAAAUUUCAAAAUUUUCGACCACACCGUUACUCGACGAAGAGGAAUCCAACGAAAAUAAACAAGCAGAGUCUGAACCUGAUCGUACGGAAAAUAUUCGAGAAAUUGUACAAAGCCAUUCUAAGAGAAAAAUGUUUCAUCGUGCGCUCAGUAGUCUCGAUGCAGUAGCGUUGGCUACGAAAAAAGAAAAAUCCACCGAACAGAGUGUUACUCAAAUUUCAAAGAGCUGUACCGACAAGUGUUCAAUAUCAAAGAAAAACAGCGCACCUAAGAGAAAAAAUGAAACUGAACUGAAUCUAAAUGAAGAGAAUGAAAACACUAAAUCCAUCGAUGAACUCUUGCGUGAUAUAGAAAUACUUCAGAACCGCCUUAACUUUAUUGCAGCGUUCCAGUAUUUUAAAAAAGAUUUGGACGAGCGCAAGAAAUCUAUAGAUGACCUCGAGGAUUCCGAUCUACGGAAGAUUUUGCAUUAUUUUGCGUUUGAGAGGAACAAAUAUGCCCAUCCGGAGUUUGCAAUAGUCCCGUACAUAUUUAAAAACUAGGAACAGUUACGAAAAUUCCUUUUUUCGGUUUUAUCAUACUACCUGGAAUUUCGUAAGUGAGCGUGUAUUCGCGUCCAAGUUUAUAUGAUUAAGAUUUUCAUUUUUUUCUAGCUUUUAUGAUUUACAACAAUUUUUUUUUUUCGUUUUUUCACAAAACCCAACUAGAAUUUUUAAAGAAGAAAAUAUAUUUCUACAUAACUUUUUAAAAAUUUCAAGUAAGUUUUUCAAAGGCGAAAUUAUAAAUUUAAUUGUAAUGUUUAAGCAUAGUUUUAAUGUUAAUUGUUUACAACCAUAUUUAUUUUAAUAUUUUUUUUUUUAAAACAUGUAUCCCUUUGUUCAUUUUUAAUCGAGACGAGAAUCUCAAGAUCUCGGUUGCUCAAGUCAUCUUGAAAGAGAAAUUCAACGGAAACCCCAACUCGUGGGUACAGGCUAUUUUCGAAGCGUUGAGUUUGAAAAAUCCAGCAUUCGUGAUGGAAGAGAAGAAAGCAAAAUAUUCGUUAAACACGUUCUUCAGUAAUAACUUCGACGACUCGUUCUGGAAAAAGGAGAAUAUCCAUAACGUUACUUCGACUGGUCAUCUGCUGAUCGAUAGCUUCAAAAAAUUCAUGAUCGGAUUGAACAAAAAUGCCGAUUUGUUCGAUCUAGAUAACUUGUUACCAGAUUUGAAAGACGUCGAGAAGAAUAUCCAUUUAUAUUUAAAUACCACUACGCAGAACGAUUGGAGACCUGCUCCUGUAGUUGGAGAAAAAUCUACGUUCGAUAGAACAACGGUUGUGAAAGAAAAAGAUGUAGCUCAUCGUAAACCUGACAUGAGCCAGAUUUGUACCGAAUGUAAUACGAAAAUUGCUAUUUUCAAUAACGAUAUCGAGUUCUCGUAUCAAUUACAUUGUCAAGAACAAGUUCAUCAGAAAGCUAUUGCAAAAUUUAUCCCCAAGACUGUUACCGAACAAACGACUAAAAUUUUCGAAAAGCGACGUUCCGAUUCUGAGAUAUUUACGCCGGAUGAAAGAUCAGCUCUUCGUAGAACGUUGAAUGAGAAGAUCAAGCAGCAUAGUCAUCUCAUCGAUAUUCUUACGAGACAAGAAUUUCAUUGUAAUUUAUGCGAUUGUCAGAUAUCUUCGUUGCAGAAUGUUGAGAGUCAUGUUAAAGGAACUAAGCAUACCAAUGCUUUGAGAUUACUCGAAAGCAAGUCGACUAGACUGAGCGACGAUAUUUUGAGAAUCGAUCAUACCGAUAUUCCUGUUACUAAGCUGAUGUGAUUUUUUUGUAUUAGUUAUAUUUCUAUUUUUCUAUUGAGUAAAUCAUUCGUUUUUUUUUGCAUUUUUUUAUACUUAACGAAAGUCUGAAUAUUAUUUACCAAUAAAUUCUUUAUAUUUGGUUGAA